AACAGCAAAUCGAAAAUCUUCAAACAGAGAAAUUAAGUUCUCUGAAAUGAUAGACUGUAAUUAGAAAUUAAAAAAAAAACGCCGAAAUAUCAACCAAAAUUAACCGUGUGCAAUGAAAAUUUAAACUUUUGUAAAAAAUUAUAAAUUUGGCUUCGAUGUACUACUAAGAGACUUGAAUUGCAUUUAAAUGCCCAUCAAGAUCAGCGGUAAUUAAAAUAAGUUCCGGAAACAGAAAGUUGAAAUUGUGGAAAAGAAAUAUUUGUAGCCACAAAAACUAGUUGCAAAAUGGCUAAAGUGAUUUCGCAAGAAACCUUUGACGAUGUGGUGAAGGAAAAUAUCAUAGACUUUUCCAUGAGCCCAGAGGAGGCAAAAGAAGAAACAAUCAAGCAAUUCGAAGCACAGGGUAUAAAUUUGGUUAACAUCAUUAAGGACUUGACCAUAAAUCCAGACACUGGUAAACCUGUGUUAAAUGAAAUAAUUGAUGAAAUAAAAACGUAUAUUGGUCAAAAAUCAACCGAUACUAAGAAGCUGCUGGAGAAUUUGCAUGUCUUGGAUACUGAAUGUCAAAAGUCCAUUUCGCAUCGCGUACUCGCUGGCAAAAACGGUGCUCAUGAAGCGCUCGUGACGCUGCUAGAGCAGGAACUUGCUAACCAAAAAACUGCUGAAGACACUAAACCUAAUUUGGCUGUAUUGGAGGCCUGCCUUAAAGCUGCUAAUAGUUUUACAAAUAAACAACCUGACGUUUUUGACGCAGAGGCACUUUCUGUUAUUCUAAAAUUAUUGGCCAUCGAAGAUGAAAAUAUAAACAUUUUGACACUACAAUGGCAACAAAAGGCAUGUAUAAUGCAUGAAAUAAAUCGCCAAAACAUCGUAAAUGCGGGAGUGGUGAAAAAGUUGAAGCCAUUCGUUUCGAAGCAUAGCAGUGUGUCGCUAAUACGUGAAGUGAUUGCUGCUCUACGCUAUUUAGUGCUGGAUGACGAUAUACGUGUGGAGUUUGGAUGUGCACACGAACAUGCACGUCGCGUUGCAAGUGAAUAUAUUAUUGACUUGACGAAAUUAUUGGGCGAUUACAACGAUCCAAAUGUUUUGGCGGAUUUGCUGUUAACGAUUGGUGCAUUGGCGGUGCGUCAAGAGUUCUGCACAACCAUUGAGGAUGCAGGAGGACUUAAAUUAGUUUUUGAUAUCAUGACAGCAAAUUCAGAUUCUGCGCGUGUAAAUCGUGAAGCUUUAAAAUUGCUCCGGGCCUUGGGUGGAAAUGACACAGUCAAAUCACACAUAGUGCAGCAGGGCGUAGCACCCAUUAUCAAACAAGUGCUGGAAAUACAUUUGACAAAUGAAAAUGUAGUAUCAGCGGCAUUGGCCUGCAUUGCCACGUUGACUUUGCGCAUUAAAGAUAAUAGUGUUAUCUUCUUUGGUACUGGUAUCGCAGAAAUAAUUGUAGAGACCAUCCGCAGGCAUCCUAAUAAUAAAAUAAUUCAGCGUAACGGUGCCUGGGCCAUUCGCAAUAUGGUGUCGCGGUCGCGCGACCAAUGCGAAAGCUGGAUAUCUUAUGGCGUGGAAGAUCUGCUAAAUACUGCCUUGUGUUCCCAUCCCUCUAUACAACAGGAUGUAAAAGCAGCGCUUCGAGAUUUGGGCUGCAAAGUGGAACUUCGCGAAGAAUUUACCGGCGUCGCUGAGAAAAAAAUUAUUGAUAAGUGAGAGGGAGCGUUUUUGAAACGCAAUAGGAGAAAAAAACGGGUGUAGCAUUAUUGGAACUUCAUUUUUAUAUGAUCUUAUACGUUUUGAAAUAAUACCGCUGAAGCUGCUUUUGGCCUAACGCAUUUGCGCCUAGUAUUUGCAUAUUUUGAUAUUAAUACAAAUUACUAACUUUAUUAUUAUAUUUGUUUCAGCGUUUUUCUACAUUCAUAUUCAAAAACAAAAAAAUAAAAAUAACCUCACGGAUACUACGCACUCAUA